GGUGGCGACAGACACCAAACAAGCUUCAGUUCAGAACGAUAACACAACAGGCUAGCAGCGUUAGCGUAUCUCAGAGCGAGGUGCAUUUUUUUUCUUCUAAAUUGGAAACAUUUUAACAGGUACGCUGGAAUAUUCUGACACCCACUCGGACAUGUCCUAUGUCUUCAUCAAUGACUCGUCGCAGAUCAGCGUGCCUCUCCUGCAAGCCUGCAUUGACGGAGACUUGCUCUUCGCCAAGAGGCUCCUGGAGACAGGAUGUGACUCCAACAUCCGGGACAACCGGGGACGCACCGGACUCCACCUAGCUGCCGCCCGCGGGAACGUGGAAAUAUGCCGCCUCUUGCACAAGUUUGGGGCCGAUCUGUUAGCUACGGAUUAUCAAGGAAAUACAGCGCUGCAUUUGUGCGGUCAUGUGGACACGAUACAGUUCCUGGUGUCCAACGGGCUGAAGAUCGAUAUCUGUAACCACAAUGGGUCCACUCCUCUGGUUUUGGCUAAGAGACGCGGCGUGAACAAGGAUGCUAUUCGGCUCCUGGAGGGUCUGGAGGAGCAGGAGGUGAAGGGCUUCAACAGAGGAGCACACUCCAAGCUGGAGACCAUGCAGAUGGCUGAUAGUGAGAGUGCCAUGGAGAGUCACUCUCUGCUGAAUCCCAACCUCCAGAGCAGCGAGGGCGUCCUGUCCAGCUUCCGAACCACCUGGCAGGAGUUUGUGGAGGACCUGGGCUUUUGGAGGGUCCUGCUGCUGCUCGUGGUCAUCGCCCUGCUCUCCCUCGGCAUCGCCUACUACGUCAGCGGAGUGCUGCCCUUCUCCAGCAGUCAGCUGGAGCUGGUUCACUGAGGGAUGAAGAUGCACAGAAGGAAGGAAGCUGGAAAAUAUAAAUGAAGUUCUGCUUUCUGCUCUGUUGACAUCACACACACGGUUUAAUUUGCUGCCCAGGCCUCAUCUCGCCACCGUCUUCUGUCAGUAAGAGAUCAUCUCCAUCCUCUAGUCAGGUUCUGAGCUGACUCAGAUCCACACUCAUUGACUCACAACAAGAACUCAUGCUGGUCUCUUUUAUUCUGUAUUAUUAUAGACGAGCUGCUUCUGAAACUUUCACUUGUAAAUAAGCUUCUGGUCCUCCAUGUUUCCUUCUGUUACAAGCUGUAUAUAUCGCUACAUGACCAGUGUUUGUGUCCUCUACUCUGUAUUUAUUAUCUCUAGGAUUCUACGGCAUUCCUGCGCUUGUUUAUAAAACCUUUAGUCUGCGUGUUUAAUCUGCCAACAGGAGUUUCCUCUGCUCAAGCACCUUGAUGCGUGCCUUCCUCUCGCCUGUUAACUUUGGUUGAACCUCCAUGGACCACACCUGUAACAUCACUCGUUUAGUUGUACAUUUCUUUUUGUCAUCACAUUUCUCCUGAUUUGAUUCCAUGUAAAUUAAACUUAUAAAGCUAAUCCUCAUUUAAUGUGUGAAAAUAAAGUUAUGAAUAAUAAAAAUGACUCUACUUUAA